CCGGCGUUCUGUAGAAACGCAGCUGUGGGAGUAAUUUUCUUCAGCUGUGUGUUACUCUGUUGUAUGGGUCGGCGGCUGCGUGUAGUUUAGUCCCAUUCAUUCAUUUUUUAACGCCCGUUGUUCGCGUUAAGCUGUCAUUUUAGAAGAAAGCAGCGUUUUCCGCUCCGUCGUUCGCACUUUUGUCGGUGUAUGCCUCGGUGAGAGUCCGUUAUAGUCUGGGUGGUGACGGCAAAAUGAUCGAGCGACCAGAAACCGCGGUUCCCAGCAUCGCUCAGCGGAACUUGGAGGGUUAUGUGGGCUUCGCGAAUCUCCCCAACCAGGUUUAUCGGAAGUCGGUAAAACGAGGAUUUGAGUUUACGUUAAUGGUUGUAGGUGAGUCUGGUCUUGGCAAGUCGACUCUCAUCAACUCUCUGUUCCUAACUGACCUGUACUCCAAGGACUACCCUGGACCCUCCCAGCGCAUAAAGAAGACUGUGCAGGUCGAGCAGUCCAAGGUAUUGAUCAAGGAAGGAGGGGUCCAGCUGACUCUUACCAUUGUGGACACGCCAGGCUUUGGAGACGCAGUGGACAACAGUAACUGCUGGCAGCCUGUUAUAAAUUACAUUGACAGUAAGUGUGAGGACUUCCUGAAUGCAGAGUCGAGGGUGAACCGGAGAUCCAUGCCAGACAACAGAGUUCACUGCUGUCUAUACUUCAUUGCACCCUCUGGACACGGCCUGAAGCCGCUGGAUAUCGAGUUUAUGAAGAGACUCCAUGACAAAGUCAAUGUCAUCCCUCUUAUUGCAAAGGCUGACACUCUAACCCCCGAGGAGUGCCAGCUGUUCAAAAAACAGAUAAUGAAAGAGAUACAGGAGCACAAAAUAAAAAUUUAUGAAUUCCCCGACACGGAGGACGAUGAAGACAACAAGCUCAUUCGAAAGAUUAAGGAAAAAAUGCCUCUGGCUGUGGUUGGCAGCAACGUCGUCGUCGAGGUUAAUGGCAAGAAAGUCAGAGGUCGCCAGUAUCCAUGGGGCGUGGCAGAAGUGGAGAACGGGGAACACUGCGACUUCACCGUUCUGCGCAACAUGCUGAUCCGGACCCACAUGCAGGAUCUCAAAGACGUCACCAACAACGUCCACUAUGAGAAUUAUCGCAGUAAGAAACUGGCUGCUGUCACCUGUAAUGGAGUGGACACCUCAAAGACCAAGGGACAACUUACAAAGAGCCCCCUGGCUCAGAUGGAGGAGGAGCGCAGGGAGCACGUGAUGAAGAUGAAGAAGAUGGAGGCAGAAAUGGAACAGGUCUUUGAAAUGAAGGUCAGGGAGAAGAAGCAGAAGCUGAAGGACUCGGAAGCUGAGCUUGAGAGACGCCACGAGCAGAUGAAGAGGAACUUGGAGGCUCAGUACAAAGAGCUGGAGGAGAAGAGGCGAGUGUUUGAAGAGGAGAAGACCAACUGGGAGGCUCAGCAGCGGAUUCUGGAGCAGCAGAAACUCGACGCCUCCAAGACGAUGGAAAAGAACAAGAAGAAAGGAAAAAUCUUUUAGGAGCUCCCGCCUGAAAGCGCACACCUUCAGAAAUCCUCCUCCACCAGAACCCACGACUCACAGACUCGUCUCUCUGCAGGGUUGGCUGCAUCCGUGGAAGCUUUUUGUUUUUGUGGAAAGUGCAUGUGUCGAUAUUCUAUUUUCCUAUAUUUCCUGACAAAGAGGUGAAAGCGGUUCCCUCUGAGCGAGCGGGGCAGAGCGGACACAUGGCAGGGACCACGCCCAAUAACUUCCACACAUAUAGAUCUGCAGGUAAACUGUUUAUUUUAUAGUUAAAGCUAUAACAGGUGUGUAACAGGUUCAACACUUCCAGACCUCGUGCGCUUUGAGCAACUGGGAGGGAAUUUAUCUGAAUGUGUCGGCAGCUGAGGAGGAAGAAGUCGGAUGGAUUGAAGGCCUGGUCGCACCACAAAACAGCUCAGAGAAAUUAUUAUUCGUCUCAUAACCAACUUCAGAUAGCGUAGGAGCACUGUUCAUUUAUUAUUGCCAAGUUUUUAUAUCAUGCAAGUCAAUAAAGAGUCGAUACAAGUUGAAAGAAAACCUUCUGAAUCUGUUCUUGUUUUUUUGUUUGAAAAACAUUAAGUUUAAAAUGUUUAACUUGGGGUUUAUUCAGUAAUAACAGGCAUAUAACAUGUAAUAUUUC